UUCAAUUAGUAUUGGAAGAACCUAUGCAAAGAUAGACAUUAGAGAAGUGAAAAAGAUUAGAAAAAUGGAAAGAAACUACACUUUAACUUAUACCUAAACCAAAACUUAUUGGCUCCUAUUAGGUCAGAGCAUCAUUAGUUGACAGUUUCUCAAAAAGAGUUUCUUAAGAUUAUCAUACAUCAAAUGGGCCCGAAAAUAAAAGCCCAAUAAGUAAAGCCCAUAUCUCUCCCGCCCUUUACAGGAUGGACUUCUAUAGACUUGUAACUUCCCUCCCCUGCAACGGCUUUAAUCUGCAACAAACAUUCCUUCAAGAAGAUAGAGAGAGAUCGAGCUCAAAGAAGGGCAUCAAUGGCGUCGAAGCUUCUUACUUUCUUCUUUCUCCUAUUUCUCUAUCUCGUUUCAAUUUCCGAUGCUUCUCUGACAUCUAUCUCCGCCGCCGUUGAAGUCCUCUGCGAUUCCGGCUACUUCUCCAUGGGACUCACUCUAAAGAUCGCCGACAAAGAUCUACGCCUAGAUGAUUGGCAAGAACUCACCAUCUUCGCUCCUUCCGAUCAAGCUUUCUCCGCCUCUGGACAGCCUUCGCUACUCUCUAUCAAGUACCACCUCUCUCCGACGAGGCUCCCCGGAGAAACCCUAACGAACCUUCCUCACGGCGCGAAACUCCCCACUCUCAGAUCUAAUUCCUCUCUAACCGUCACGAACUCAUCGCGAUCUGGCCGAGUGACUCUUUCGAUCAACGGCGUCGUAGUGCAAGAUUCGCCUCUCUUCGACGACGGUUACGUCGUGAUUUACAGUUCCGACGAGUUUUUCUCACCGCCGAUCAUUACUCCACCAUCGUCUCCUUCGAUCGCAAAUACUAUCUCAUCUCCUGCUGAAUCAAUCGAUUCGAUUCCUAUCCCUAGCUCAGCCCCUCGCUCACCGGUUAAAUCUAAACCGGUGAAUUGCUUCAACAUCUUCGAGUCGGCUUCGAGUUUGUUACUUUCCAGAGGUUUCGUGAUCAUGGCUACGUUUCUCGCUCUACAGCUCGAGAUCUCUCCUGGGAACGACACGAAGCUCACAGUCUUCGCUCCGAUCGACGAAGCGAUCUCCGUCAGCAAGUUCUCCGAUUACGCUACUAUCUUCAGAGGGCAUGUGAUCAAGCGGCUUCUCUCGUGGAAAGAUCUUGAGAAACUUGCGUGGGAAGGAUCGAUUCUGCAGACUGCUCUCAAAGGUUAUGGGAUUGAGCUUUCUUGGUCUGGUGAUUUUCUUCUUCUCAAUGGAGUCCCACUUGUCUUUCCGGAUCUGUACGCCAACGAAUGGAUUGUUGUUCAUGGAGUUAACCAAAUGAUUGCACCGCAAGCAAGCCAGGCUAAAGUGGGAGAGUCAAUCUCAGAGCUAAACGGUGGAGAAGAAGAAGAAGAGGAUGAUGUUCAUGGUGAGUCCUCUACUGAGUUAGGUGACUAUGGUCUUCACUGAUUCGUCUAAUGCAUUUUCAGAUGAUCUUGAAACUGUUCUUAGCGUUGUUAUACAGUGAGAAACUCUCUCUAGUUUGAAAAUUAAUAAUGAAUAAAAAGUUUCUGAUCUUAA